AUGCUGUUACCAAAAGUUGCCAAACUAUUUGGUCUGACUUUAUUGGCCCAGAAUGUGACGGAUUAUUUCACAGACAUCUGUACUAAAAUCAUAGCUGAGCGCAGGGCUAGUAAGGGAACCGGGAAUAAAAGAUACGACUUUUUGCAGCUAUUAUUGGAUGCAAACGACAAGAAUAAUGAGACCGAAGAUAAUAAUGAUUUGAUAUCUGAAACAAAUGGCCAAAAGUCUGAAUUAGAUACUGAUGCCCGUCCUAUACAGACACACAAUAAAAGUAUGUCCGACGCGGAAAUGAUAGCCCAAUGUGUGGUGUUUUUUAUGGCCGGGUAUGAGACCACAGCCACUACCAUAUCAUACGCCGCAUACCUAUUGGCAAAAAACCCAGAAUCACAGGAAAGGCUGUUUGAAGAAUCAAAAAGGAUUUUCGAGUCAAAAUCGGACAUCGAUUACGACGCUAUCGAGAGGCUGGAGUACCUGAACGGUGUAGUGAUGGAGACUUUACGCCUAUACCCACCGGCACUGGUACUGACGAGGGAGGCGUCGGUCGAUACAGUACUGGCCGGGGAUGAAGAGACUAUCAAACUAUUCAAAGGAGACAUAUUUCAAGUACCCAUUUAUGUGCUACAUAUGGACCGCCAGUAUUUCGACGAUCCCUAUGCCUUCAAACCG